CACAAGAAUCACCGAUGAGAAGUUCCAAAAUUUGAAAAAAAAAAAAAAAACAUGUUUUUUUUUUCGGUUACACUACGAAUUUUCCUUUUACUUCCCUUCAAUUCCAUUAAUUUCCUGCAUUCUUCUGCUCGUCUUGUCCUUCUCUCCUGCCAGAAAACCGACCCCAUUAAUGUCUUGAGAGGAAUUCCACCUCCCACAGGCAGUAAAUGCUUUAGGGCUGUGUCUUCUACGGCCUCCUUCAACAACCUCCAUAAAUGCAGUUCACUUCCUCUAGUUCCACACGCAUUAAUUGAAGAACAAGAACAAUUAACUACGGAUAAUAGUUUCUCUUCUGCUUCUCUUCUCUGAGUUUGUCUCCGAGUAUUCCUUCGUGCACAGUUCUUUACUUUCCUAGAGACUACCUGGAACUUGUUCGAGAGUAAAGAGACAUUAUCUGGAUCACCAAGUUUUGCUUUUUUAUUCGGGCUCACUUAUUUGGCCAAAUUGUUGGGAGCAUUCAUCAUUUUCCGUGAAAAAGGCGCCCUUUUGAGUUUUCCAAGAGUUUAUCUUUCAUUGUUUGUUAUUUUCUUGGAUUUCAGCGAAUUUGGAUAACCAGAGUCUUGGGAGCAUCUAAGGGUGAAUAUGAUGUCGAUUUCGGGAGUUUUUUUUUCCUGCGCAGGUCAUUUACUUGGAAGCACGUUCUUUUCGGCGUGAAUUUUUACUAUAGAAGCUCCAUUUCAUGACUUUGCUUAAGAAUCUUUAAUGGCUCUGUUUCUGUAUUCCUUAAAAUUGAAUUGUGACGCUUUAUUUCCAGGGUUUUUGUUGACCUGUUUGUGAUCGUAGAGUCUAGUGCUUCGAAUUUGUACAAUGGGGUAUUUGUGGUCGUUGCUUCUAGUGGUUUUGUUCAUUCCAAGCACUUAUGAAUUACAAAGUUCAGAAACCCAAGUUUUACUGCAGCUAAUAAAGCAGUUGGGCUACCCUUCCUCAUUGCAAAUUUUGGAAAAUUACGAUGGAGAUUUCUGUAGCCUAUCUUCUUCUACACGGAUGAGCAUCUCAUGCCAGGACAGUUCGGUUACUGAGCUCAAAAUAAUGGGAAAUAAGCUUGCCAAGGUCAGUGGGUUCAAUGGAUUUGCAAUUCCCAAUAAGACUUUAUCCGAAAGUUUCUCCAUUGAUUCCUUUGUCACCACGUUGACAAGGCUACGCAGCUUAAGGGUUCUUAGUUUAGUGUCUUUGGGGAUUUGGGGAUCACUUCCGGAUAAGAUUCAUAGGCUAUCUUCGCUUGAAUUUUUGGACUUGAGCUCAAAUUUUAUGUACGGUUCAAUUCCACCGGCAAUAUCUAGAUUGAUGAAGCUUCAGACAUUAGUACUGGAUGGAAAUUAUUUCAACGAAACUGUCCCUGGUUGGCUGGACUCAUUUUCAAACCUCACCAUUCUAUGUUUGAAGAAUAAUGGAUUGAAGGGUCGGAUUCCUCUUUCAGUAGGCAAAAUUAAGACACUCAGUUAUCUUGCUCUGUCCCACAAUGAACUUUCUGGCAAAUUGCCUGAUUUGAGUACUUUAACCAAGCUACAUGUUUUGGAUUUAAGAGAGAACCAUUUAGAUUCUGAACUACCAAUGAUGCCCAAAGUGUUGGUUACAGCGCUACUGAGCAAGAACUCAUUCUCAGGCAAGAUUCCUGAGCAAUUUGGUAAAUUGGGUCAGCUUCAACACCUUGAUCUAUCAUUCAACCAUCUGAGUGGAACUCCUCCAUCUACGUUGUUCCAUUUACCAAAUGUCAGCUAUUUGAAUUUAGCUUCCAAUAUGUUCAGCGGCUCACUGCCAAAUGAGUUAACUUGUGGUGGCAAACUUGGGUUUGUUGAUAUAUCUAGUAACAAGUUGAUAGGUGGGCUUCCAUCUUGUUUGAGAAGUACUUCGGGUAAGGUAGUUGUUAAAUUUGGUGGAAAUUGUUUGUCCAUUGAUUCGCAACAUCAGCAUCAAGGAUUAUAUUGUAGAGAAGCCCUUAACGGGGGUAAACAAUCCAGAGGAAGAGAUAUAGCGGUAGUAGUUGGUGUCAUCAUUGGAGCUUGUCUUGUUACAGUGCUUUUUGUACUCGGGGUUCUAUUAUUGUUUAAAAAAUGCCGUUCAAAAAGAACACGCGAGCAGCAUAUAUUGCCAAAGAUUGUGCACGAGAAUAUGCCGUCUGGGGUUUCCUCCGAACUCCUUGCCAAUGCCAGGCUCAUUUCUCAAGCAGCAAAGCUAGGGACACAAAGUGCCCUGGUUCAUCGAUUGUUUGCCUUUGAAGAGUUGAAGGAAGCGACAAACGGCUUUGAUUCGUCUAGGUGUCUUGGUGAAGGCUCAAUGGGGAAGCUUUACAGUGGGCGAUUGGAGAACGGGACCUUUGUAGCCAUACGAUCUCUAUCUUUGGGGAAAAGAUGCUCAAUUCAAAACCUUAAAGUUCGGCUUGAUCUGCUCUCUAAGCUUCACCAUCCACAUUUAGUUGGCCUCUUGGGUCAUUGCAUUGAUGAUAGUGGACAAGAUGAUUCUGGUGCCAACCAAGUUUUUCUUAUAUAUGAAUAUGUUCCUAAUGGAAAUUACCAUACCUAUCUGUCAGAAAGUUUUCCAGAGAAAGUUCUUAAAUGGUCAGAUAGACUUGGAAUUUUGAUUGGAGUUGCGAAGGCUGUUCAUUUUUUACAUACUGGAGUAAUCCCUGGUUGUUUCAAUAACCAACUAAAGACAAACAAUAUAUUGCUUGAUGAGCAUCAGAUUGCUAAGCUAAGUGACUAUGGGAUGUCAAUCAUCACAGAGGAAAUUGAAAAACAGCAGGCGAAGGGAGAAGGCCCAAAAUCACGCCAUCAAACAAAUGUACAGGAUGAUGUUUACAACUUUGGAUUUAUAUUGCUCGAAUCACUCGUUGGGCCUGUAGUGACUGGAAAAGAAGCAUCAUUUCUCCUAAAUGAAAUGGCAUCCUUUGGCAGUCAGAACAGCCGAAGGAGGAUUGUGGAUCCUGUUGUUUUGACUACUUGCUCACAGGAAUCAUUAUCGAUUGUGAUAUCCAUCACGAAAAAGUGCAUAUCUCCGGAACCAUCAUCUCGACCCUCUUUUGAAGAUGUCCUUUGGAACUUACAGUAUGCAGCCCAAGUCCAGGCCACUGCCGAUGCCGAUGCUGAUCAGAAAUCAGAUUCUACAUCAUAGUUGCAAGUUUACAGGUAUGCCUGCAUUUGGGCUGCCUUUCGUUAUCACAAGAAGAAAUGUAAAGUUGUAAAUGCCUAUUUUGUUUGCUUGACCUUAUGCUACUGAAAUUUGGUAGAAAAGUGCAUUCACCUUGUAAGCAGGAAUGGUGAUGGGCACUAGGGCAUCGAUUGUAUGAUACAUAUAUAUAUAUAUAUAUAUAUAUAGCCCUGCAGUAUAAUAAUAACGGCUAAGAAGGGUUUGCUUCAAA